AUGGAAGUCUCAUCCGGAAUCGAAGACAUACAAAGAGCAUGCCGUUUAGGCGACCGAAGCCUUUUAAAAGAAGCUCUUGAUGGCUAUCCUGAAGGGAUAAAUCAAGUCGACCCCACCUUAGGCUGGGCACCUUUAUACCGAACUGUUAUAUGCGGCCAUGUAGAAACUACACAGCUACUACUAGAUAUGGGCGCAGACCCAGACGUCAAAACAAAAAUGGGUGAAACUCCUCUCCAUCAAGCUUCUUAUAACAGCCAAUACCAAAUAGCCAAGCUUUUGCUUGACUAUAAAGCAAAUCCUAAUGUCCAGCAGAAUGAUGGGGAUACUCCAUUACAUCAUGCUGCUUUUAAAGGUGACAUUAAUAUGGCCAGCCUGCUAUUAAAAUUCAACGCAGACCCCAAUAGCCCAAAUUUUGUAUUUGGGAGAACGCCUUUGCAUUAUGCUGUGGAUUAUAAUCACAUUAAGGUAGCAAAACUUAUGAUGAGGUAUUCAGGAUCUGUUGAGGUAAAAGAUAUGAGUGGAAAAAACGCCCUUGAUUUAUCAAAAAGCACAGAAAUGACUGGAAUUUUGACAAAAACAAGAAACUCAGGGUCAGCAUCAGAAAAGUCAGCUCAAAAUUCUCCAUUAAAUUUGCCCUGCCCAGACCCAGUCGAUAACAUUCCUUCAAUUCCUUUAGAAUCCUUUGAAUAUCUAAACUUAAGCCCGUAUUCUUCCAAAAACAACUCCUUAAUGGGCACUCCUACACACGAAAUGAGCAAGCUUAAACAAAUUGAAGAAGUAAACAACCGUCUCCGAGAAAACGUUAAGUCUUCUGUAGACGAAAUAAGGAAAAUCACUCACCAUCAUAGUAGAAGUGCAAGCUCAGUCUUUGAGCCUGAUGCUGAAAAGACUGAGAGCGAUAUAAGAUUAUCAAGUAUUCCUGACAAAGACAAGGUCAGGACAGUCUCUUUUGGAAAUGUUGAGAAAAAGACAGAACUUUAUAAUUGACUUGUCAGUAUGAAACUAGAAGAGUUGUAUGAAAUUUUGAUGGUGGCUGGAUAUGAUGAUAUUGAACAAAUGACGUCGCAGCUGAAUUCCACACUUCCUAUUUCUGAAGAAACCUUGGUAGGCAUUGGGAUUAUGAAGUCAGGGCUGAGAAGAAGGUUACUAGCUGCGUUAGAUGAAGAAGCAAGGGGGCUCAAAACUUCUAGGAAACUCCAGAAACAAGAGUCAAGAAACCCUUUAAAAUGCUGUGCAGCUCCAGUGGCUGCAAAUAACGGGUUUUUAAAUGUCCCAAAUCUACAAUCUUGACUAGAAAACCUAAACUUAGGCCAAUUAUAUACAAAUUUCAUUGACUCUGGCUAUGAUGAAAUGGAGCAGCUUUUUGCCCUCAUGAAUUCCAAAUGGCCCAUCACCGACGAAAUCCUCUCAUCAGAAGUAAAAAUAACCAAGCCCGGCUAUAGGCACCGCAUCCUUUCCAAGCUACAAGAAGAAUCCGUCGGCUUCGACACGAUGCGAAAAAACUUAGGUGGAUUCAGCAGCAGAAGUCGCAAAGGAGAGGAAUUUAUCAUUGAUAAAACAAAAUCCAACGCAGCCUGCGAAUUGUGCCUGAUAAUAUAA